AUGUUCCUUAAAAGUAGUUUGAUUGAUAUAAUGCCUGAGAGUUGGUUGGAGAGAUUUCCAUUCAAAGUUGGCCAGAACAUCUUCUCGUUGUUGGACACGCCGUCGGUGUGUCGGCUCUACCUUGCGUUUGAAUGGAGGGCGUUCGCUGAGGAGAUUGAAUACUGGCUUGCCACCGCUGAGGUGGAAGUAACGGCGGAUGUUGUUGUCGAAGGCGACCCCACCAAAAUUGACUACACGUUGGCGAUGCUCCCUGCCUGUAAUAUUGUGGUCAACGUCACUACUAAGUUCUUGCAAUUGACGUUGUGGCACCUUGAACGAGCGCAAUUCAUCCUGGUGAGGCUAUCCAUCAGCGAUAGUCUGUAUUGUGGCAAGUAUUGCGCUGACCUCCGCUUCUUGGGCACAAAGUUAGCCGAACUUUCCCUCAACAAAGUCGUGGUAAACUUCAAAAAAGACAUACCGAAAACGUUACGCAAACUCCGCCUCGAGGGUCUCCUGUAUUCGUCGUCGCUGAAACUUUAG